UGGUAAGGGAAACCGUCGAGCCAAACAAACCCUAGAUAGCCGCUGCCUGCUCUCGUGAUCACGUACAACCUGAUGGCGCUGCGGUCUCUUCUCAGAAAGAUGCCGGCCCUUGGUAGCAGGUCGCUGCCGAUGGCCCCCUCUAAGCUGCCCGUGCACGCGCUCUCCCCGGCAGCAGGUUCUCGCCUCUUCCACCAUGGUGCUACGCAGGGACACAUCAUGUAUUCUGGAGAGUCAUUGGCCCGAUUGCGGGAGAAUACAAAGCUCGAGAAAGCUAGGCUAGAAAAGGACAUGAUGGAAUUAAACAAAAGAAUGGAGGAUUGGCAUAAAAUCAAUAAUAGCCAUGAUUGGCGUCAGGAUGAAGACUACAUAAAUUUCCGCAAGAAACUUCGUAGAAUAGAGGUGGCGUGCAAUGUUGUUCUUUUGAUAACCGUGCCUGGAACUGCUGCAAUGCUGUAUAAUUUAUUUUAGUGGUUUUAUUAUGUUAGGGUUUUAUUUGUGAUGUGGUUGUAAGUUAUUCAGGAUUGAGUUAUUAAUACUUGUUACCUGAGUU